AUAAAAAUAUGGAAACGUUAUAGAGAAAAGGCUCGAGGAAAGACUUGGUGGAUUUCUACGUGAGAACAACAUAUAUUGAUUUGUAAUAUAAAUAUGUGACUGGUUGGUCUGAAAACUGGUUUGUGUACCGGCUGGAGUAGGGUUGAGAGAGAGAGAGAUUGGAUAGAUGGUUAAAGCAGUGGGCUGCUGGUGCUUCGCACGAUUAGACUUCGUAUGAGUACAAAAACAAAGAGGACAGAUCUCAUGAGUACGAAGCUGGUUUUAUUAAACAAACUCCAACCAGCCAGAAUAUAUCAAUUGAGUAUCGUCAACUUGUCUUGGCUAGCAACGAUAGUAACAUAGAAAGUCACGUAGAGGGAACAAGAAUGCCAGCCAAAGGGUAGGAGAAGAAUCUGUAAAGUACCCUGUUAGUUUCUCUUAAUUUCUUUCUCCAUCCUGCGGUUCAACUUUGCUAUAGGUUUUAUAGCUCAAAAAAUGGCACAACAGUUAUCGUUAUUACUAUCACUACUGCUGGUCACAGCAAUAUGUGUGUCUGCAAUGUAUCCCAUCACGGCAAGGUUUGGUGCAGUCAAUAAAUUGGUGAAAAGUGAUUUUGAAGUAGAACUCCCUCCGGAUUUCGUAACAUACUUCUACAACCAGACACUCGAUCAUUUCAAUUACAAGCCAGAGAGUUACAGAACCUUCCAACAGAGGUACAUUAUGAAUUCUGCGUACUGGGGUGGGGAUAAUUCUAGUUCUCCAAUCUUUGUUUAUACCGGGGAUGAGGCGAGUAUAACUGCAGUGGCGGCUUUUGCUGGAUUCAUAGUUGAGCUUGCUUCUCGUUUCAAUGGUCUUCUGUUAUAUAUAGAGCAUCGAUAUUAUGGUGAUUCAGUUCCAUUCGGAUCCAAAGAUGAAGCAUUCAGUAACACAAGUACCCUCGGGUACUUCACCUCAACACAAGCUUUGGCAGAUUAUGCAGAAUUGAUCACCAACCUCAAGAAGAACUUGUCUGCAGAAAAUUGCCCUGUUAUAGCCAUUGGGGGGUCUUAUGGUGGAAUGCUUGCAUCUUGGUUUCGUCUGAAAUAUCCACACAUUGUUAUUGGUGCUCUGGCAUCAUCUGCUCCCAUCCUCUACUUUGACGACAUAACACCCGGAAACGCCUACCAUGUCAUUGUAACCAAGGAUUUUAGUGAAACAAGUGAGAGUUGCUACAGCACCAUAAGAGACUCUUGGUCUGAAAUCGACAAAGUUGCAGCUGAACCAAAUGGGCUUGCCAAUCUUAGCCAAAUAUUCAUGACAUGCGAGCCUCUGAACUCAUCACAAGAGCUCAAGUACUACUUGGCACUUUGCUAUGUUGUUUCGGCUCAGAAUGACAACCCUCCGGCUUAUCCAGUUAAAAAGGUAUGUGAUGCUAUUGAUGGAGCACCAGAAGGAACUGAUAUCAUCGGCAGAGUUGCUGCAGGUCUCAAUGCUAGUGUUGGACCUCCAUGCCAUUUUGUAUAUGAUUUCAAGCCAAGUAACAGGAGUGAAUGGAUAUGGCAGACAUGUACCGAGAUGGUGAUGCCAAUUGGACAUGGGGCUAAUGAUACAAUGUUCCAAGCAUGGCCUUUUGAUUUGAACAACCAUACAAAAACCUGUCAAGAUCUAUUUGGUGUUACUCCAAGACCUCAUUGGAUCACAACAGAAUUUGGUGGCCAUGAUAUAAAGUCUGUACUAGGAAAUUUUGCAAGCAACAUCAUAUUCUCCAAUGGACUUCGAGACCCUUACAGUGCAGGAGGAGUUCUACAAAAUAUAUCUGAUAGCGUGGUAGCUAUAUAUACUGACAAAGGUGCCCAUUGCUUGGAUUUAUCUACCCCAACAGCUACUGACCCUGACUGGUUGGUUUCCCAGCAAGAGAAAGAGGUCAAAAUCAUUGGAUUAUGGUUAGCAGAGUACAAUGCUAGGCUUAUUAGUUAAGGCUCAUGGGAGAAUGGGCUAGGACUA